ACUAAGCAAGAUGGUGGAUAAGGAAGGAAUACUUAUGAAAAUGUCCAGAAUUAAUAUUCUUGUUUUGCUUUGUAUUUGUAUAUUUGCGGCUGUAAGUGCUUUAGAUUUCACGAACGUGUUAAGAAGCCGUAGGUCUGUGAUUGAAUUCGAUGCUGUUUCCUCAGAUUCUUUCGUCCAUCAUGUUGUUUCCGAAGAGACGAAAAAUAUCAAUAUUAUGAAACGAGAGAGAAGAGAUACCAGUACCUGUCAGCACGAGUACACGGACAAAAAAUAUGAUGAUGAGCACACAUUCACAAAUGAAUCCAAGACAGCGAUGGCUCUGGCCUGGGCUGGUGAAAAUGAUGGGACCCUGGUUGUUGUGACUAGUGACGUCCACCCACUGAUCGGUAACACUGUUGCUUCGACAAUUUACAGAAGCACUGACUUUGGGAGGACAUAUCAAGUUGUGGAAAAUAUUACUGAUGUGAUCAAGAAACACAAUGGUUUACAGCGUCACCCUCUGGACUCUAAAAAGGUGUACCUGGUCGGUGAAGCGCGGGUGAUGUAUGUUACAGAGGAUGGGGGAAAAACCUUUACAAAGGUCAACCUACCCUUCAUUCUCAUGGGCGAGAUCAUCUUCCACUCCAGCAAGGAUCACACAGACCACCUACUUGCCUUCCAGGAGCUGAAUAACACCAAGACCAAGAAAACUACGAAGGACCUGUGGGUGUCUACAGACAAUGGUCACCAAUGGAAGCUGGUAAAGAAGGGGGUUGAGAAGGCUGUGUGGGGGAUUCCCCCUGAGGAUGGGCAGAAGACUGGGGCCGACACCCCUGAAACCAUCUACUUCACUUACAAUGAGAACAACAUUGAGGACAUGAUCCUGAAACACUUUCUAAGUAUGGCUGGUAUUACAAAGGACUACACCCUUGCCAAGUCUGAGGGGGCUGACAGUGUAAAAGAUAUUCUCCAGAAGGUCGUAUCCUUUGAACGCCAGGGGAAGUUCCUCUAUGCAUCAACUGCCAGAGAUGAUAAUAGUGAAUGGAGGGCAAUGAUGGUAUCCCUAGACUACGGAGGAACAUUUAAUGAGGUCCAACUACCUACCAUAGCCCAAGAACAGUUUUACAGUCUUGUGGAGAUUGAGAAUGACAUCAUCUUCAUGCAUGUGGACAACCCUGGAGACACAGGCUAUGGCACCCUGUACACAUCAGCCAGCCAGGGAGUGAUAUUCUCAGAGUCUCUCCCACGCCAUCUGUACCCGAACUUCAACACCAUCCAUGACUUCUACAAGGUGCAGUCCAUGCGGGGUGUGUACAUCACAAGCCAGAUGGCUGAUGACGACAGUAUACACUCAAUGAUCACCUACAACCAGGGUGCUGAUUGGCAGAAAAUUAAACAACCAGAAGGCGCACCAUGUAAAGAUGAUAAAAAGGAAUGCAGCCUUCACAUUCAUGGGAUGUACAGUAUGUCUAGAGAUAUUAACGCUCAGUUACCUGCUUCUGAAAAAGCAGCAAUUGGCAUCAUCAUGGCACAUGGCCACGUGGGUGAGUCACUCCAGAUAACACAUCCGGAUGUGUUUGUGUCAAGUGAUGGGGGCUACUCGUGGAAACUGUCGCUAAAGGGUCCACACCACUACCAGAUUGGAGACCAUGGGGGCCUACUAGUGGCUGUCUCCCGGGACGAGCCCAGCCCAAAUGUGAUCAAGUUCUCCACAGACGAGGGAAACUGCUGGAGCGAAUACAAGUUUACGGACAAACUACUGAACUUUACUGGCCUGUUGACGGAGCCUCUGGGAAAGAGUUCUGUAGUGAUGCUAUGGGGAUAUGUGGCUGAAACCAAGAAAUGGGAGGUCCAUAUCAUUGACUUUAAGGAUCUCAUCAACAAGAAGUGUACUGACUUGGACUAUGAGAUUUGGAUGGCCCAUGAAUCACACAGGCAGGAUGAGGGUUCUGCUAUUGCUGGCUGUCUGCUCGGACAGAAAGAGACUUUCUACAGACUCAAAAAGGACUCCUUUUGCUACAAUGGAUAUGACCAUGUUGUUAUAAACAAGACGUCUGUAUGUGAGUGCACAAGAGAAGAUUAUGAGUGUGACUAUGGUUACUACCGACCUGGUGGUUCGGAUAACUGUAAGAAGGAACCAGAGUUCAAGGGGCCGGAAGUAGAUAUUUGUUACCAUGGUCACGAUGAAAAGCUUGUCUCUGAAGGAUACCGGAAAAUCCCUGGGGACAAAUGUAAGGAAGGCUACUCUCCAACCUCCAAACUUAUCGACCUGCAUGAAAAAUGUGACGAGUUCGGUAAUGCAAUCAUCAAGUUUGACGAAGGGGUCAUUUAUAAGGAGAGUGAUGAAUCCAAGCAGAGUGAUAUUACAAACAAAGGCUUUGGUAAAGGCAUCAAGAUUAUUGCGGUGAUCCUUUGUCUAGCCAUCCUCGUGCUUGCUGCUUUCAUGGGCGUCUACUUUGUGAGGAAGUUUGUCCUUCUCAAACAACACAAAGAGGGUUAUAGAUACUCUGUAUUGAGCCAGCAUGAACAGCAGGGUCUGAUGGACAACCAUGACAGUGAUGAUGGUGGUGACCUUACCCGUGACCUUGACAAGGCUUACGCCACAUCAACUGUGAAAUAUGACUCAGAUGAGGAGUUGACAACAUCGAGCCUGCCAAAGACGACAACUCAACCAGCUCCAAAGAAGAAAUCUCAACCAAAUGGCAGCGUUAAGACGCCCCCUAGCAAGAUGGACAACAAUCCCUUUGGCUCAUACCAUGAUGAUUCUGAUGAUGACAUGUUGAGUUAAAUCAAGCGUUGCAACAUAAAAUACAGGGAACAUGAAGGUGUUUCCCCUGCUGCCAACCUGUCCUGGCUGUGUGGUUAUUCUGGGUCAUUUCUAGUGGUGUCUCGUUAUUCCACAAUCAAAGACUCUUUAGAUUUAACAAAGCGUUGACCUACUUAAACCUUUUAAGGUUGGAAGAUUUGGGUUUUUACUAUUUGAUAUUUCCUGUCACUGACUUCAACUUUCGCUGGACUGAUUUGAAAUGUUCUUCAUAACUUGCAGUUUCUUUAUAAAAUGAGCUUUACCUUUCCUUGAAUCUUGUCCAUAGACUGUGUACAUCAUUUUCUGAAAUCCAUUAAACCAGUCCAGGUUGACUUUGAUAAUAUUUAUGACUGUGAUAGUGUGUGAUUGUUGAACAAACCAAUUGCUUUAUUGAAUGAAUGUCAGGAUGUGUGUGUAAACAUUAUGAGAUUUCUCUCAGAGGUGACUAGUUUCUGCACUUACAACUUAUUCAAGAUAUUGUAUAGGGUAUAAUCACAUGUACCAUUAUUUAUGUUGUGUCCAUUUAGGGUGAAAUUAUCUAUUUGUCUGUUUUGUUAAGAGGGAUUUUAAAAUGAGGGUUACUUUGUUUUUCAGAUUCUCAAACUUGCAUUGACAGGGGUCCGUAACCCUCAAUCCACACUUUUUAUUUUUCUUUGGUGGUAGUCGUCUAAAACUGUGGAAAUGGGUCUAGAUUUAAAUAUUCCACAUACUUAUUAUUUGGAAAAUAAACCCCACUUUCCUGAUAUUUUUUGUCCAAAUGGGAAUCUAAAACCAUUUUCUCUGACCUUUAUAUGAACUUUAUGUAUUUUACUGUAUGCAAUAUUGUGUGUAUAUUUCUGUCAAUACUGCAAGAAGGCAGGUCAUGCUUUUGCCCCAUUGUAUGUUGUGUGUUCCAGUUGGAAAUAAUAGAUACGGAUGCAAAGACUUUGUUUGUAUUGUAGUUUAUAGCCUUUUUCCUUGUUAUGUUUUGUUGAGGAUGGUCUAUGGAAAAUGUUUCAUGAUUAAAGCUGUAUCCUUGUGUUUAUUUAUUGUUGUUGAGCGUGUUUCUUUCACAUUUUGUUAUGAACAUGAGCGAACAGCUAAGAAAUAUUUGUUUCUGACCUUGUAAUCUCAUUUUGUACUUGUAUUUAUAGAAAAUGUUUGUGCGUGAUUCUUUUUUGGACUGCAUAUUUCUGAUGAUUUUGAAUCAUUCCAAUGUUAUGAUAUACAGAUACACAUAUUGAUUAUUUUGUUUGCUUGUUAUCAGAAAUAUUUAUCAUAUCAUUUCAAAGAUAGAUUUAAUUCCGACCUAAAUGUGUCUAGAUGAUUUUUUGUAGUGUUUUAACAUGUUUGUUUAUCUUGAUAUUAUUUAUCGUCCUCUCUGUUUUUUCCCUUCUAUUUUUUUUUUGUGAAGUGUACAAAAUGAGUGUAGACAGGAAAUGCAUGGAACAUCUACAGUGUGAUCAAGUUUAUAUCUUUUAAAAUUUACAGUACACCAAAGAAGUAACAUAUUCAAAUAUUUAUUUUCGUAUUAUCAUUGUUUUCGUCUACUAGAACCAUCAAUUGUUUAAAAAUAAUUCAUUAUUUAAGUUAGGCAAAAUAUCACCAUUAAAUUCUUAUAAAGCAGCCAAAAAUGUCACCCUUUGAAGGCAAAAAAAUAUGUUUGGGCAAAACAGUUGUUUUUAAAUUACUUUAAUAUAUUUCAUAAAAAAUCUCAGUCUCAUUUGUUCAAUUAUUUGUGAGAUAACGUUAACUGGUCAACUAAACAAUAAGCAAGAUGUCAUACUUUCAUUCAAGUAAAGUUAACAUGCUUGAGAGUUUUGAAUGUCAGUGCAUCUGUACAUGUUUUAUUACACAUCAACACAAAUAACUACUGCCUUUCAAAUGUAACCAGCGAAGCUAUACAGAAAUAUUUAUUCAGAAUAAUGCAUUGAUUUACUCAUAUUUAUUAUAUAAAUGUCAAUAGGAGAGAAAAAGACUGUCUACCAUCUGCAGCUAUACCCAAACUUAUAAAAGAAAGACUUAAAAUUGAAUACUGUUACACUUGAAACAAGACAUUAAGAUAAUUAUCUGGCCCUGAUUUCUCAAAACUUCUUAAGCUUAACAGGCUUACGUAGCUUAUUUCAAUAAGCCAAAAUACAUACUUAAAUUGAAUUUUGAAAAACGAAAAAUGGAUUAUUGUGAUUUGGAUUAUUGUGAUUAUGAUAAUGAUAAUUCCUAUCUACAGUAUAAAAACUCUUAAAGAAGUUAAUAUUAUGCAAUUUAUUGAACCCCAAAUAUAGUGAGCUUAGCUUAAUCCUGUUAUAAGGGACUUAAGAAGUUUCGAGAUAUUGGGGCCUGUUGGCAAAGUGAAGAAGUUUCGAGAAAUUGGGGCCUGUUGGCAAAGUGAUAGAAUAACUUUCUUCAUGAGGGUUUUAGCUACAGAGAUAUGGAAGGAUGCUACACCCUGUCCUGUUUGAUAGCACCCUUUAGCCGUCUUAGAGACUAGCAUGUGCCCCUUUCUGCUUUCAUAGAGUCCAGGGUGUGCAAACUUUAAAACUUGGUUAUAAAUUUCUACAAACUUAUUUGGCAGUUGAAACCUAAUACUAUUUUAAUUAAGCACAAUUCCUUACACUGGCUGUGAAAUUUAUUUAAAACCUGGUUUAAUCCCUGUUCAUAAACUAUGUGUGUUUAAACAUUUAAAAUGAGGGAUAACUGUGUGUUUGUUGCUUGUAUUUUUAUGCCCCCUUUUGAAAAAAGUGGGGUAUAUUGUUUUGCACAUGUCGGUCGGUCGGUCGGUCUGUCUGUCUGUCGGUCGGUCGGUCGGAAUACCAAAUGGUUUCCGAUCAAUAACUUGAGAACGCUUUGACCGAGGGACCUCAUACUUGGUAUGUGUAUUGGUCAUCACCAGCAGAUGAACCCUAUUGAUUUUGAGGUCAGUGGGUCAAAGGUCAAGGUCAGUGUGACCUUUACAUGAAAAACGGUUUCCGAUCAAUAACUUGAGAACGCUUUGACCCAGGAACCUCAUACUUGGUAGGUGUAUUGGUCAUGACCAGCAGAUGAACCCUAUUGAUUUUGAGGUCAGUGGGUCAAAGGUCAAGGUCAGUGUGACCUUAACAUGAAAAACGGUUUCCGAUCAAUAACUUGAGAACGCUUUGACCCAGGGACCUCAUACUAGGUAGGCUUAUUGGUCAUGACCAGCAGAUGAACCCUAUUGAUUUUGAGGUCAGUGGGUCAAAGGUCAAGGUCAGUGUGACCUUUACAUGAAAAACGGUUUCCGAUCAAUAACUUGAGAACGCUUUGACCCAGGAACCUCAUACUUGGUAGGUGUAUUGGUCAUGACCAGCAGAUGAACCCUAUUGAUUUUGAGGUCAAAGGUCAAGGUCAGUGUGACCUUAACAUGAAAAACGGUUUCCGAUCAAUAACUUGAGAACGCUUUGACCCAGGGACCUCAUGCUAGGUAGGCUUAUUGGUCAUGACCAGCAGAUGAACCCUAUUGAUUUUGAGGUCAGUGGGUCAAAGGUCAAGGUCAGUGUGACUGUAAGCUGAAAAAAGGUUUUCUGAUUGUCCAUAUUUUAUUUUCUGUCGGUCGGUCGGAAUACCAAAUGGUUUCCGAUCAAUAACUUGAGAACGCUUUGACCGAGGGACCUCAUACUUGGUAUGUGUAUUGGUCAUCACCAGCAGAUGAACCCUAUUGAUUUUGAGGUCAGUGGGUCAAAGGUCAAGGUCAGUGUGACCUUUACAUGAAAAACGGUUUCCGAUCAAUAACUUGAGAACGCUUUGACCCAGGAACCUCAUACUUGGUAUGUGUAUUGGUCAUCACCAGCAGAUGAACCCUAUUGAUUUUGAGGUCAGUGGGUCAAAGGUCAAGGUCAGUGUGACCUUUACAUGAAAAACGGUUUCCGAUCAAUAACUUGAGAACGCUUUGACCCAGAAACCUCAUACUUGGUAGGUGUAUUGGUCAUGACCAGCAGAUGAACCCUAUUGAUUUUGAGGUCAGUGGGUCAAAGGUCAAGGUCAGUGUGACUGUAAGCUGAAAAAAGGUUUUCUGAUUGUCCAUAUUUUAUUUUCUUAUAUAGUAGACAGUAGAAAUUUAUAUGUCACUAAAUGCAUGAGUUGAAGUAUCAGUUUUCAGUGAACAUCUAGUUUAAUUAUGCCCCCCUUCGAAGCAGAGGGGUUAUAUAAUUGCUUUGCACAUGUCGGUCGGUCUGUUGGAAGACCAAAGCUUGUCCGAGUGAUAACUCAACAAUUCCCGGACCUAUGGUCAUCAAACUUGACAUGAAGAUUAGGUAUGACCAGUAGAUGACCUGCCUCAUAUGCAUCCAAUGACAAAUCAGCUGUCAUUUCAGUCCAUGCAUAUUUCAUUCAAUUGUCCAAAUAUUUCUGGCAACUUGGCGCUCAGGGGGCAUAAUGUUUGACAAACAUCUCUUGUUCAGACCUGUAUUAACAUGUGUGUCAUGCUUUGUGAAGAGCCAUGAUUGUAUUUCCAUGUAUAUUUUCUUGAAGGUGAAUUAUACUCCGAACAUUUUAGUUUUUACUCAGUCCUACUUUUUUUUUCGUGUAAAUAAUGUUCUCUGAAGUUCAAGGGAAAACUUCCAGCUACACUACCUGUAGGAAUUGUGGACAUCUUAGAUGAUAGAACUUGCUUUAAACUCAACGGCAUAAUGACAAUUGUUUUAUGAGAUUUGAAGCCAAUACAAUUGGUAUCUGUUUAGGUUUAGUGUACAAUGUAUAAUAGCCACAAAAAAAAUCUGUUACUUUCUAGUUUGCUGAAAGUUCUUGCUCGAGUUGCACAAGAUUAUUCAAGUAUCUACCUGCUAUCACACCCCCCUCAUUAUUCAAUACUACAUCGCUUGACAUGGUUCAAAGUAAUAAAGCUUUUGACUCUAAUCCAAGCAAACUUUCUCAUGAAUUAUGUGGAUCUAAAUUGUUUGGUCAAUAAUUAAAAAACGUUUUUCUAGAACAAAAGAUGUUAACGCAAGUGUUCCUCAUAUUUUAAUGCAUAAUUACUCAAGAGUUUCUUUUCAGAUAGAAAAUAACAUUUAUCAUUUUUAAUGUGGUGAUGAUAAAAAGACUUCAUAGCAUAGAGAUCCUUGAGUUUUUCAGUAUACAAAAGCUUAAAUUUAAAAAGUACAUGUUUGAGUAAAUACAUGAAUUUUUGUGAAUCUGGGCAAGAAAAUAUUACAUGCUUUGUAUGGAAUGAAUUGCUAUUAUGCACUUUGUUGAAGCUGGCGUUAUUUAAGUCCUAUAUAUAUUUCACCUUUGACUAACAUGACAUUUUAUAAUAAACAUAAAAUGUA